AUGGCAGGGACCGAUGACCGAAGUAACGCGUACAAUGUGCCGCCGGAGAUGAGAGAAUUUGUGAGAAAGCGCGACCAGCGCAAGUGUCUGUUGUGUGGAGCAUCGAAUACUCCCCCCGACACGGCGCUUAUCGUUGCUGGGUCACCUUGGGACGAGAUCGAGCUCGAAUGGCUCAAGGAGCGUGGCCUUGUCCCCGAGGCUUUCAAUGCGAUUCAUCCACAGAAUAUUAUUUCAUUAUGUCCGAACCACCACGAGUUGUUCCUACAUAGACGAUGGUGUUUUGUGCCAUGCCCAGAAGACAGACAUAUAAUGCGUAUUCACGAGGAGCAAGACAUGCGCGAUCGCCUCUAUCGUCGAGGUACCCUCGGCCCGGGGCAUAGUAUACCUCGUACAGUUCCUCAGCUCAGCGGUAAAUUUGACUUUUUGAACUGUGCAUUUGGAGAUGAUGCCCUUUCCAUUACCCCCGCGGGUGGACGUAUGACCCUCGUGUCUACCAUGCCCCUAGACCAUGAGUCAGCCCAGAACCUCCCCCGUCCACCUCAGUAUCCUCUUCCCGGUGUCAAUCCCUUUGUAAUUCUUGCACACGCGGCCAAGUGUGUAGGCGGCCCUCGUAAGCCCAUAUUCCCCGAAAUUGAGCAGGAGAUCUCCGAGCUAGUCAACGCAUACAACCUCGACCCGAGCUCAUUUCCUCCUCCUGCCCCAAAUCUAUCACAAUCUCCAAAUGUCCAGACUUAUCAGUCUCCUCGCGAAUCGACGAGUACCCAUGAUUCUGACUCGGAGCCUGAAUCUCGCUCAAGUUCACCUACAAGUAUGGAUGCUCCUCCCCCCGCCCCUAUCGUACCACCUCCGCCUACAUCUGCCCGUACCCGCAAUUUUCCUAAGCCCUCUGUGGGGACGAGUCCCGAACAACCCUAUCACACCGGUUAUGGUAUCAGCCGACAAGAUACGGGCCAGUCACACUAUUCAACCGGUCAUUUUACGGGACCGACCAACACAGCCGGAACGCAGCCAAUUCCUAUUUUCAGACCCCCUAGUGCGCUCGCAACUAAUGCUCCACAUCCAAAUUUAAUGGCAGAAGGUACCAGUCCAAGCAGUGGUACCGGCACCGGCGGAGGGGAGCGCGAUCGAAGCAACAUACCACCACCACCACCUAUCCCACAUCAUCUCCAAUCACAAGCCAGCAUCCCGGCACAUAUGCAGCAGCAGAUGACUGGUACUGGGGUAAAUGCUGGCGCUGGUGCCGGCCCCGGUGCCGGUGUUGGCGCAAACGCGGGCCGAAGGCGGCAAAGUGAUAACCCACCUCCACCUGUCCAGAUGACCAAUCCACCCCCGCCAGCACCUCCCUCGGCCCAAGCAUUCGCCCAGCAAUCUCAAUCAUUUCCUCAAUAUGUGCAAUACCCGAGUGCUACGACGAUUGGAGGAGCGGCAAGAGAAGGCCCUGGCUUGACCCGACGUCCGAGUAAACUUAGGCAUUCGGAAGACUUGAGAGGGACCAUACGGUCUCCGCCGCCUAUUCCCAUAGGGGUAACAACUGGUAUGGGGCCAAGGUCGCCCGAUAGGGAUCGUGUUGUGAGUGGUAGUGGAGACAGAGUAACUCCAGGAGCGGGCAUAGGAAAUGGACCCAAAUCUCCCGACGUACCUCUUUCUAGGCGUGAAUCACAUUCACAAUUCCCCCGGCCUCGCGAACGAGAACGAGAACGCGAUCGCGAUCGCGAUCGUGACUGGGACAACAAUGGAGAACCGUUUGUAUUCGGGCCUGAUGUCUCCGCCGCAGACAUUAUUACACGACUGACAGAAGGACGGAGCGGGAGCAGCGCAGACUUCUCGGGUAGGCGCCGGAAUGGGAGCACCUAG